GAGCAGCCGGACGUGAACCAUAAUGUGGACGACCCGGGGAAGAAGAUGCCUAAAAUGGAGACAGUUGCCCAAACGGGUGGGCAAAAUGCUUCCCAGACGGGCGGGAAUGAGGCAGCCGACGGGGAUGCGCAGUUUUUGGCUGCUGCAGAGAGGCGAGAAUACUGUGAGAUGAAGCCGGCAGAGGCACAGCAGCAGUUGGGCGAUGUGCCGUCGGAAUGUAUGGAUAGCGAGGUCAUAAACGCGCUGAGAAAUGAGGGGAGAGAUGCAGAGGAAGUCGAAGAGAUCAUGCGAGAGGAUGAGAGUCGAGACGACGAGGCGAAACAGGAACAGGGUUCUGGGCGAAGUAGAAGACGUAAGUGGGAUUUUUUAGCGGCCAGGAAGGGGGAGGUGGGAAGCAGUAUGGUGGGGGCGGGGCCAAGUGACGCGUUGCAGCGGCGUGACGAACGUCGGCGUUGGCGCCAAAUGAUCGAUGGUUUUGCGCAAUACGCGGAAUGGGAGGCGAAAGUUCUGGAGAAAGAAGAAUCGAGGAGUGGGCGGGACCUAGAAGGGGGCGGGGCCGAGAGGAGUGACAGCGAAAGUGAUGCGGUCAGUUCGAGUGGUGCGUCGACGGUGGGUGGCGGUGCCGAGGACCCCGAAUCGGAGUAUUUUCUUCGAACGGAUUUGUUCAGUUUCCCGUACAAGGAGUUUUUGAACAAGGUGAAAACAGAACUAAAAGACGAUGAGAGACAGAGAGAAGCAGACAAAAAAAUGGCCUUUGUGGAGAAGCAGAUGGCGGAACGCCGGCAACGUUUGGAGCGAGAGACGGGUGCGAACAGAACUGCGGGGGCGGAGCCCAGCUCGAAGGUAGUAUAG